AUGCCGCGCCGUGCCGCGCCGCACCCCGCGGCCCCGCUGCUGCUGCUGGCCGCGCUGGCCGCGCUCGCCGGCUGCGCCGCCAACCCCGACGCCAAGCGGCUCUACGACGACCUGCUCAGCAACUACAACAAGCUCGUGCGGCCCGUGCUCAACGUCAGCGACGCUCUCACCGUGCGCAUCAAGCUCAAGCUGAGCCAGCUCAUCGACGUGAACCUGAAGAAUCAGAUCAUGACGACUAACUUGUGGGUGGAGCAGAGCUGGUACGACUACAAGCUGUCGUGGGAGCCGCGGGAAUACGGCGGAGUCGAGAUGCUGCAUGUACCCUCAGACCACAUCUGGCGGCCCGAUAUAGUUCUCUAUAACAAUGCGGAUGGCAAUUUCGAGGUGACGCUGGCGACAAAGGCGACGCUCAACUACACGGGUCGCGUGGAGUGGCGUCCGCCUGCAAUCUACAAGUCCUCCUGUGAGAUCGACGUCGAAUAUUUCCCCUUCGACCAACAGACUUGUGUCAUGAAGUUCGGCUCAUGGACGUACGACGGCUUCCAGGUGGACCUUCGGCAUAUCGACGAAGCGCGUGGCACAAAUGUCGUGGAGCUGGGGGUCGACCUGUCCGAGUUCUACACUUCCGUGGAGUGGGACAUUCUCGAAGUACCAGCCGUCAGAAACGAAAAAUUCUACACGUGUUGCGACGAGCCGUACCUGGACAUCACGUUCAAUAUCACGAUGCGGCGCAAGACUCUGUUCUACACGGUGAACCUCAUAAUCCCCUGUAUGGGCAUCUCCUUCCUCACCGUGCUGGUCUUCUACCUUCCCUCUGACAGCGGCGAGAAGGUGUCUCUCUCGAUCUCCAUCCUUCUAUCGCUCACCGUGUUCUUCCUGCUGCUGGCUGAGAUCAUCCCGCCAACGUCACUCGUCGUACCUCUGCUCGGCAAGUUCGUGCUGUUCACCAUGAUCCUCGACACGUUCAGUAUAUGCGUGACGGUGGUAGUGUUGAACGUGCACUUCCGGUCACCGCAAACCCAUACGAUGGCGCCGUGGGUCCGGCGUGUGUUCAUCCACGUCCUGCCGCGCCUACUCGUGAUGCGCCGCCCGCACUACCGCGUCGAUCCGCACCGCAGUCGCUUUGCAGGGCUGGUGACUGCAGUGAGCGAGAGCACGCCGUGGGACGAGAGCUCGCCGCUCGGCGGCGUGGGCGCCGUGCCGGGCGUGCCGGCGUGUGCCACGUGCCGCUCGUGUCACCUGCACGACGCGCCCGCGCUGUGUGACGCACUGCGGCGCUGGCAUCGCUGUCCCGAGUUAAACAAGGCCAUCGAUGGCAUCAACUACAUUGCCGAACAGACGCGGAAGGAGGAGGAGUCUACUAGGGUGAAAGAGGAUUGGAAAUAUGUGGCGAUGGUGCUGGAUCGACUGUUCCUGUGGAUCUUUACGCUGGCCGUGGUGGUGGGGUCGGCCGGCAUCAUCCUACAAGCGCCGACUCUGUACGAUGAGCGCGCGCCUAUAGACGUGCGUCUGUCGGAGAUUGCGUAUGCGACUGCGAAGCCCCGGCCUCCGCCGCCACGCUAG